AUGUCUUCAUUAUCAAGAAGUAACUCAACAGGUUCAGUGCCAUAUCUUGACAUGUCAAAAUUGAUGUUUGCCAAUGAUUUUGAUUUUGGUUUGAACCUCAAUGAAAUGAAAACGAAAACAAAGCAAAAACUUCAUUCCAAAAACUUGGAGUUGGACAAAUUACAGGAGAUAAUCAAUCAAAGGCUCCAGAAUUUUGACAAAAGAGUUCACAAACAAUUAGAAAGUUCAGCAACUGAAAAGGCGUUCUAUGCCACUUCUGUCUUUUUGAUUUUCUGUGCUGGGUUUAUCAUUGGGAAGUAUCCUAUUUAUUUUCCUUACUUCCAUACUGCCUUGUUUGUGGUUUUGAUGCCAAUUCGGUUUUACACUUAUUUUAAACUGUCGUUCCAAUAUUAUUUAGCUGAUUUGUGUUAUUAUGUCAACUUGUUACUUAUGUUGUUCAUUUGGGUAUUCCCAGAAUCGCCUACCUUGUUUGUUUCUGUGUUUUCUUUGUCGUUGGGUACAUUAUCGUGGGCAGUGAUCACAUGGAGAAACUCAUUAGUUUUACAUUCGAUCGAAAAGACUACAUCUUCGUUUAUCCAUGUGAUGCCACCGGUCACGAUGUUUGUGAUGGUGCAUGAAUUACCCGAGGAAUAUAUCAAGCUACGUUACCCUGGGAUUGCCGCCAUCGAUAACUGGAACUUUGUUGCUAGUAUAAUUACCACCUCGGUAUAUUACACGAUUUGGCAGGUUUCAUAUCAUUAUUUCAUAUCGAUUAGAAAGAAGGAUCAAAUUGAAAAGGGGAAAGUCACGUCGUUCCUGUAUUUGAAGAAUAAAAACAAAAGCACACCAUUGGGGAAGUUUGUCAAUGGGUUGCCUUACUUGUGGAUGCAAACAUUGGCAUUCACGUUGAUUCAAUUUUUCUAUCAAUUACUCACCAUGACCCCAUGCCCCAUUUGGUUUAAAUAUAAACACGCCUGUGGAGCAUUCGUUGUGUUUAUAUUCUUAUGGGCUUCAUAUAAUGGUGCUACCUAUUAUAUUGAUGUGUUUGGUAAACGUCUUGAGAAGGAAGUUGAUAAAUUGAAGAAGGAAGUCAUCAAUUUGCAACAAGAAAAUGAAAAAAUAAAAAAUUCACCAAUUCAGAGACCAGUGAAUGGAAGUGUUGAUGAUGUUGGUACGUUGGACGAAGAUUUGAAUUCAGAACUAAAAGAGAAGGAACAAAGUGAGAAAACUGUUGACAAAGGUGUGACACCUUGA